AUGAAGGUUAUCAAGAUCCAACCCGGAGGCAAGGCUACGGUCGUCAACGCGCCAAUGCCAAAAAUGGACGCCCACUGCGUCGUCGUCAAGACUGCGGCAGUGGCCUUGAACCCUGUGGACUGGAAGCACAUUAGCUGCGUCCCCGGAACCGCCGGGUGUACCGCGGGAUCUGAUUUUGCGGGGGUCGUGCGCAAGGUCGGGUCGGGCGUGACGACGCUCAAGGUGGGCGAUAGGGUCGCAGGGUGGGUGCACGGUGGGAACAUCUCCAAGCCACAAGAUGGCGCUUUUGCGCAGUACAUCGUGGCGAGGGAAGGCAUGAUGAUCAAGAUCCCCCCGGGAGUUUCUUUCACAGCCGCAGCCACUCUCGGCGUCGGAGUGUCGACCGUUGGGUUGGGCUUGUUCCACCAACUCGGUCUACCGCUGCCGACCCAGCCGGGGGUCGGGAAGCUUCCGCUGCUGAUAUAUGGCGGCAGUACUGCCACCGGCACCCUGGCUAUUCAGUUGGCGAAACUAGCCGGCCUCGAAGUCAUCACUACGUGCUCUCCCCACCAUUUCCAUAUGGUCCGGAAGCUGGGCGCCGAUGCCGUAUUUGACUACAAGGAACCCAACGUCGGCUCGGAAAUUCGCAAGCUGACCGAGAACGCACUCUAUCACGCUUUCGACUGCAUCUCGACCGAGCACUCGGCUAGAAUAUGCGCAGACGCACUUUCGGAACACACCACCGGCAAAGAGCCCACGUACAGCGCACUGCUCUACUGCGAAUUCCCGCGGAGGGAUGUGCGGGUGGUCGUGACCGUCGCCCAGACCAUAUUCGGAGAGCCCUUCACCAUACCGGAACUGGGGCCUGAGAACUUUCCAGGGGACGUCGACCACUUUGAGUUUGGUAAACGCUUUUGGAAACUAACCCAGACGCUAUUGGCGGAGGGAAAGCUCAAGGCUCACCCUGCCGACGUGCGAGGAGGUGAUCUUGAAGGUGUAUUGGAAGGAUUGGAAGAGUUGAGACGGGGCAAGAUAUCUGGGAAGAAGCUUGUGUACACCCUGUCGUAA